AUGGAUUUUUACUGUGCAACUACAAUCGAGGAGUGGGCAUGCGUUAAACUGACAGACAUAUCAUGCGAGUUCAGUUAUACGCAAAAGAAAGGUUCAAGAGAUCCUCGACAAUUGGAAGCGCAAGCUGGGACUUUUGGUCUAACAAGGAUAGCUCUUAAUUCAAUAAUUCUUUUUCUCUAUAUUGUUAAAAAAGAUUAUGCACACGUUAAUGUUGAGAAUCUGCGAAUAAAGCAAGUAAACCAACUUGCAACCGGAGAUAUCGCAAUAUUGAAGGAGCUACAACACUGGCAAAAAGGUGUGAUCAUUGACAUGAAAAAUGGCUUUCAUACGAAUGAUGAAGACGUGAAAUCAAUUCCAUUGAGUCCUUCACAAGAUUACUAUAUAAAAGAUCCAGAAUUUUUUGACAAACUUGUAGAUGAUCUUAUAUUGGAGGCGAAGAAGAACCUAUACCAUGUUCAAGUCUGA